CUUAAAUGACAUACAAGGAAAUACAGCCCUUUGAUACUUUAUACUGAUGACGCUGCGAAAUUCUUUCACUCUCUAACUUUUGACAGUUGCUGUAGUAGCCGAGGCAGUAAUAGAAAUUUAAAAGAAUUUAACAAAUCGAUUGGCUUAAAAUGGCCCAAGUUCCUUUGGCAAUUGUCUCCCACAAGCGCCAAGUGUGCAGCCUGUACAAGAGGGCUCUUCGCAAUUUGGAGGCCUGGUACGAUCGACGCACCGACUACCGCUACCGCGCCGUGCUGCUCCGUGCCCGGUUUGACGAGAAUCGCUGCAAGGAUAUGGCCGAGAGUGUCGUCCUCCUGGCCUGUGGAGAAAAGGAGCUCUUCGAGACGAAGCAUUACCAGCCCCGGUUCUUCACCAACAGCAUCGGUGGCAUCGCCUUCGAGCGAGAAGUGGAGUGUCCGGACUGGAUGCUCGACUUUUGGCAUCCUCUGGAGAAGGCCCAGUACCCCGAGUACUUCGCCAAGCGGGAGCAGCGCAAGAAGGAGUACGUAUCCUUGUGGGAAAAGCAGUAUGGCAAGUCGGAUCCCCAGGACCACUAGUCUCAGAAUGCAGCAGUCACGUCACAUCUAAUUUUGUUUAUAUAAAUAAAUAUGUUGGAGCUUGGAGAAUGUACAUAGACAGCGGGAUAUGAACCAGGAUUAAUUCAAACUUCAUUUCAUCGAAAUAUACUUGAAAAAUCAAA